UGAGCGAACAAAAGAACCCCACGACUACCAAGGGCGCAAAGAGCACCUUCGGUCUUAGCAUACAAGGAUCGAAACAAUUACCUCCACCACCGCUACUCACUGACGCGGAAACAAAUCCUACAACGGCAAAAAUACCUGACAAGAAGGAAGUUAAAAUGGAUUCAGCACAACUACAACUAUUAUUGGAUAAAUUUGCCCAGCAAUUUGAAGAUGCAACAAAAAGGAUUAUCAAGGCCAACAAUGAAUAUAACAAGAAUAAUCAACCUAAAAAGGUAAACUAUUGUGAUACAACCGAGGAAAUCUACAGUAACGAAGUAUGGGAAGAAGAAUUGUACAAUGUGGAUCAACCACGAAGAGGAAAGCAAAAAGAACAAAUACCAGAAAAUGAUGAAUCAGGUGACCACGACGAAGACGACGCUGACAAAUUGUUCGAUGAGCUCGAAUACGAAAGUGAAGAGCUUGAAGAACUUGAAAGCUUUUCGUCCGAUUGUGUUCCAUCCGAUGAAGAAAGUGCUGAAGGAAGUGCUGAAGAAAGCGCUGAGGAAACAGAAAAACAAGGAAAAAUCGCUGAAAUUGAAAGCCCGGCUGUAUGUUUGGCGGUAAUGGAAGAAAUUCCAACGGGAAAAAAG